AUGAGAGCGCUCGGUGUUAUCCGGCUCACCAUGAGAUGGUGGGUCUUCUUCUUUCUCUCCACCUUGCCUUGGACCGCUCUCUCGGAAGGUGGUGAGCGCGGGAGCGUCAUGUGGCGCGGCGACUCUUUCGCCGUGGAGGACGCUUCCUCUUCUUUCCUGGCAUCGCCCAGCGGCAACUUCUCGUGCGGAUUCCGCCAGGUGGCCACGAACGCCUACACGUUCGUUAUCUGGUUCACGGCCUCGGCCGACGCCACCGUUGCUUGGACGGCCAACCGCGACGCCCCUGUCAAUGGUAGGGGCUCGCGAGCCGAGCUCCGGCGUGAUGGGUCGCUGGUGCUGCAGGACUUGGACGGCCACGUCGUGUGGAACACCAACAUCAGCACCACGAGCGCGGACCGCGCGGAGCUCCUCGACUCCGGCAACCUCGUGCUGUUCGACGAGUCCGGGCGCACGCUGUGGCAGAGCUUCGACUGGCCCACGGACACGCUCCUCCCGGGGCAGCCCAUCACGCGGUACCGGCGGCUGGUGUCGGCGUCAGCCAGGGGCCUGCCCUACUCCGGCUUCUACAGCUUCUACUUCGACAGCAACAAUAUCCUCAACCUCAUGUACGACGGCCCGGAGAUCAGCAGCAACUACUGGCCGAACCCCUUCAGCAAGUGGUGGGAAAACGGCCGGACGGCGUACAACAGCACGCGCUACGGCAGCCUAGACGUGCGUGGCCGCUUCUCCGCCAGCGACAAUCUGCAGUUCGACGCCUCCGACAUGGGCGCCCACGGCGUCAUGCGGCGCCUCACACUCGGCUACGACGGGAACCUCCGCAUGUACAGCCUCGACGUCUCCGGCGCGGGAACGUGGCAAGUCACGUGGGCGGCCCUCUCAAAUCCCUGCGACGUGCACGGGAUCUGCGGCCGGUACGGACUGUGCACGCAGGGGUUGGGCGGUGCCGGGGCGCCGGUGUGCUCGUGCCCGGAGGGGUUCGUCGUCGCCGAAGCCAGCGACUGGAGCAAGGGUUGCCGGCGCACAUUCGACGUGCGGUGCGGCGAGGACGUCUACUUCGCCAAGAUGCCAGGCGCGGACUACUCGGGCUUCGACCUCAACUACACCAAGGCCCUCACCUAUCACGAGUGCCGCCAGAUCUGCCUCGACGACUGCAACUGCGAGGCGUUCGGCUACAAGCACGGCGGCGGCGGCAAAUGCUACACUAAGAUCGCCCUCUGGAACGGCCGCCUUCCGGACAGCUAUCAGGUCAUCUACCUCAAGGUGCCACGCCGUGUCGGGCACCUGGACCCCUCCGUGCUGCACUUCGGCGGCCACGCGUGCACCGUGCUCGAGGUGAACGCCAGCAGCAACAGCUCCUCGUACUCGCACCUGCCGGCCGCACACAGCAAGCUCAACUUCGUCUACUUCUACUCCUUCCUGGCCGGGCUGUGCGUCAUGGAGGCCAUCUUCAUCGCCGCCGGGUAUCUGUUCGUGUUCCGAGCGGACACGGCGGCGCGGCGGAUCCGCGACCAAGGGUACAGCCUGGUGCUCGACCACUUCAAAAGGUUCACGUACGACGAGCUGUCGGCGGCGACCUGCGAGUUCAGCGAUGAGAUCGGGAGGAGCGCGUUGGGGGCUAUUUACAAGGGUGUCUUGGAUGACGGCCGGAGCGUCACAGUGACAAGGCUAGAGGAGGUGAUGCAGGCCGACGAGGUGUUCCGGUCGGAGCUGAGCGCCAUAGGGCGAAUCAACCACAUGAACCUCGUCAGGAUAUGGGGCUUCUGCUCCGAGCACUCGCACCGGCUCCUCGUCUCAGAGCACGUCGACAACGGCUCGCUCGACAAGGCCCUCUUCCUCCGCGGCGCGUCGUUGGGGUGGCACGCGAGGUACGGGAUCGCCGUCGGCGUCGCCAAGGGGCUGGCAUACCUCCACCACGAGUGCCUUGAGUGGAUCGUGCACUGCGACGUGAAGCCCGAGAACAUCAUGCUGGGCGCCGACCUGGAGCCCAAGAUCGCCGACUUCGGGCUCGCGGAGCUGCUGAGCCGCUCCCGGGUGCAGGGUACCAGGGGGUACAUCGCACCGGAGAUGGCGCUGAACCUUCCCAUAACGGGCAAGGCCGAUGUGUUCAGCUUCGGCGUCGUGCUGCUGGAGCUGCUCCGUGGGCAGAGGGUGUGCGACUGGGCGGUGGAUGCAGGAGAUGAGGAGGUGCUGCGCAUGGACUUCCGGCGGCGCGUCGCGCUGCUUAGGGAGGAGACGAGAGAUUUGCAGGAGGCGUGGCUGGAGGAGUUCGUCGACGCGCGGCUGCACGGCGAUUUCAGCUACCUGCAGGCAGCCACAAUGCUGGAGUUAGCGGUGUUGUGCGUGGACGACGAUCCGAGAAGGAGGCCUAGCAUGGACGCCGUCGUGCAAACGCUCCUCUCGACACAGGAUGUCAUGCCGACGUCCGUGCGUCAUGCCCAUGCGGCGUCUCCUGACCAAGAGAUCAGUCACAUCGAUCCCAUGGUCUAA